UGUUGUUGCAAACAACCAGAAAAUCAAGCCAAGUGACAGCGUCAGUUAUACCAGAGAAGUUUAUGUCAUAGUUGAAGAUGUGGAAUAUGAAUUACUCCAGGGUAAUAAUGUUCGCGUAAACGGGUCUAGUGUAAAUCUACCAUACAACGAUUUCAAGGUGGAAGUGAAAAAUUCGGGCAGAUAUGUAAAACUUCUGACUGACUUUGGUUUAGUAGUUUUGUGGGAUACAAGUGAAAGUGUGGUAGUCUAUGUAUCUCAUACAUACUGGAAUAGAACAUGUGGAUUAUGUGGCACACUGGACGGCAAUGAGGCGAAUGACUUCACAACUGACCAAGGGAUCGUGGUCGAUGACAUUAGUGUGUUUGCUGAUCAUUGGAAGACGAAUGGCGAUGAAUGUACUGAUUUGCCCACCACUACCUAUCCAUGUGAUGGUUUGGACUCUACAGUAAUUGAAAGAUAUAAAGCACAAUGCAAAAUAUUAUUCAAUGAAACAG